UUCUUCUUCGUUUUUAUCUGAAGCAGUCCGAGGGGGUGUCAAGUUUCCCGCCAUCACUUGCCACUAAUUACCUACAGGAAACUGGAGCCUGUCUCUCCAUCACCGCAACAGCUGGUCGGGAGGACAACGCGUGCUAGCAGGGCUUGACAAUGUGUAUUGUAGCAAUGAAUGUCACCGCGCUCUGUACAUGGAGUCCAGAGUUGGAAGAAACUUGUUGAUAAUGAAGUGGCUUUUGUUGGUGAUUGUUGGACUAGCGACUUGUAAAACCUCACAGGCGGAUUACAGAGACGAUGCUGCAGAUGGCAGCGCGACCGGACAACCACAGUUCCAGCUGACCGGGGCAGACAACCUCCCACCCCACACCAACCCCCUCGUCUACUGGCCACACCAGCAGAACAAUGAAGAUGAAAACAACAACAUUCUGGACCCGUUCUUUGACGAGUGUGUUGAGGAGAGUAACGUAUGUGACCAGGUGUGCUACAGGGCGGGGCAGGACACACAGAUCUGCGACUGCUACCAGGGGUUCUCACUCAUGCUGGACGGGGCGUCGUGUAGAGAUGUUGACGAAUGUGAGGCCGGCUACUGUGGUCAAUACGGUCAGUGUAUCAACACCAUGGGCUCCUUCAUCUGCACCUGUGAACCCGGCUUCUACCUCAACAACGACAACUUGUGUACCGAUAUAGAUGAGUGUAUGGACACGGGCAUCUGUGCCGGGGGGUCCCUGUGCCGCAACCUCUUGGGGUCAUACCAGUGUGCCUGUCCCCCGGGAUUCGAGUACACCAGCGAUGGAUGCGCGGACGUGGAUGAAUGUGCAACCUCUCCGUGUGCUAUCGACGGCGUCUGUAACAACACUGUUGGCAGCUUCCUCUGCUCCUGUCAACGGGGUUACUACAACAACAGCACACACUGUCUGGACAUCAACGAGUGCAGCACCCCCGUGAGUCCCUGUGAGGGGGAGCUGAGCUGCUACAACACCCUGGGGGACUACUACUGCGGGUGCCGGCCGGGGUACUGGAAGAAUGGCACUCUGUGUCUGGAUGUCGACGAGUGCCUGUCCGGCAAGGACCGGUGUCAUGUGCAUGCUCACUGCGGCAACCUCAUCGGCUCCUACUUCUGUCAGUGCCGGAAGGGCUACAGCGGCAGCGGCUACAUCUGCUACGAUGUCAACGAGUGCAAGGUUAACAACGGCAGUUGUGACCAUAGAUGUGACAACAUCCCCGGCAGCUUCCGAUGUGGCUGUCACUAUGGUUACCGUCUUGGCCGGGAUAGGAGAACCUGUGAAGAUGUAGACGAGUGUCAGUACGGGAACGCCGGGUGUGAACACGCCUGCAACAACGUGGUUGGUUCCUACUACUGCACCUGCAAGGCGGGGCACAGGCUCCACGUCGACAACAAGAGAUGUGUCGACGUCAACGAGUGUAUGACCGACCACGGCGGCUGUCAUGGGUUCUGUAACAACACUGUGGGGUCUUUCUACUGUCACUGUCCUGACGCACUCGUCCUGGCAGACGACAGGUUCUCCUGCAGACCCAUCGCCAGCUGCAGAGACAAGAAUGGCGGCUGUGAGCAGGUGUGCGAGGAUCUGCCAGACGACAAGUUCAGAUGUUCCUGUAGGCCUGGAUUCACCCAGAACCUCAAUGGCAGAUCGUGCAAUGACAUAGACGAGUGUGUGUCCGGCAACGCAGGCUGCGAACAGAAAUGUAUCAACACGCCCGGAAGUUUUGAAUGCGCAUGCCGGAAGGGCUAUCAGAUGCGCAAAAAUAGAAAUAACCUGAAGAAAUGUGAACCAACAUGUGACCCUCCAUGUUCCAACUACGGACGCUGCUUGGCCCCGAACAAGUGUUUGUGUCCGGCAGGAUAUCCAGGACCCGGAUGUUCGGCUGUCUGCAGCCCCUCAUGUAGCAACGGAGGGACGUGUCUCAGACGGAACCGGUGUGUGUGUCCCGCUGGCUGGGCUGGGAACAGCUGUUUGAGAGCUGUGUGUCGAAUUCCGUGUCGGAACGGGGGGCGAUGUGUGUCGCCCAACACGUGUCAAUGCUCAUCAGGCUUCACUGGGGAUCAGUGUCAGACACCCACCUGCUCUCCUGCCUGCGACAACGACGGGCGAUGUAUCCGAGUGAACGUGUGUCUGUGUAAGAAGGGAUACUCAGGACCCAGAUGUCAAAACUCUCGUCCGCGAUGUCGGCCAGGCUGCAGAAAUGGUGGGACAUGUGUCGGUCUCAACAAGUGCACGUGUCGGCCAGGGUACAGUGGAAACCUAUGCCAACGAGCUCCCCGGGGAACUUGUCGCCCAUCAUGUCAAAAUGGUGGCGUCUGUCUCCCUGGCAAUAGGUGUCGGUGCCCGGAUGGAACAAAAGGCUUCCGGUGUCAAGACAGGCACUGCCCUAUUGUGACAUAUAUGCAAAGUCUGAAGAGGGGGGUGAGGCAGUCGAUGAGGGAGGCCUACACCGUCCCCUGUGGCAGGUUCGACUGGGACACGUGCACGUCAUACAGGAUCGUCCAGAGGUUUGUGUACAAGACAACAUUCAAGGUUGGAUACAGAAGAAAGUGCAGAGAGUGAUCACUGUGAACCACAACACACUACAUACAGCGGAACCUCAGUAACCCGGACUCCAAUACCUCCAUGUAUCUCUAUUACGGUGUAUAUUUUGGGUUCCGACAGAACCUGUUUCGACACUAAAUCCACGCUCGACAUUUAUAUCGUGUACUUAUGCUUGAGAAGGCUCAGUGACCGAAUCGACUGAAUUUGCUGUGCAGAGUUGCGUCCCUUAGUCGUGCCAGUAUCAGUUGAUCGACGGUUCUAUUCCCAGAAUUGUCUUUAUAAACCUCGGUUUGUCAGCACCAACCCAUGCUAGUUGGUUUCACCUGAGCGAGAAACGCUUUACACUGCAUCCGAUUGGGCUUCCUUCCACAAUCUGCUGUAUAACCGAACUACUCUUAUAAGGGUCUUUAACCCAACACAAACACACAUACUCUGCGGUCCCAAGGUCUCUGCGGUCACAUCAUCCGCCCUUAAUCACAGUUAGACUAUGAACACUGCCAGUCAAAGACAAACAGUAUUACUCUGCAAGAAAAAGUAACACAAAAGUGAUUUUAGAUGUAUAUUAUAUAUAAUAUCAAGAAACAACAGAUGGUAAUCGAGUGUUCAAAAUUGGUACACAACAUUGUCAUUGACCCAGGUUCCAUACGGCAAACUUGGAAUAGAAGAUUUUCAAAGUGCAAGUCAUCUGUUCUCAAUAUCUUGUAUGACCACCACUACGAGUCCAAGACUGACUGGCAUCGUGAUCCCAUG